AUGGACGACUCUCCGCGACAGUUGAAAAGGAGGAAGCUCGACGCCCCGUCGCGCAAUGUCUCGAGUCCGCUCCCGUCCAAACCGCAUACACCCGGCACCCUCAGACGAUCUACCCGCCGGAUUACUUCACUUCACAAUGCCGAAAACCAUGCCUCUGCGCCUGCCAAUGGCUCUCCACGAGCACGGCGGAGCUUGACUGAGGAAAAAGACGUAUACGACAACGUUGAUGGCGCCCUCGACACACCUGCGAAGCGCCUACGGGAACGCCUGCGGACACAAUUUCACGAAAGUGAUCCAUCGCCAAAGAAGACGGGCUCAGCGCCGAAAGAGCCAGUUAGCAGGACGCGUGGCGGUAAAGAAUUUGGGAACGGGACUACAAAUGGCACGUCAAAGAGGAAAUGGACAUCUCGAACUGCAGGGUCGGAGACGAAAAGCGGUGCUUCGAAAGAAGUAGAGGAAGCAGUAGAGACGGAUGGCGAAGACGAGCUGGCCGCUGGCUUGACUACGCCUUCCAGUCGCAAAAUUCGCAAGGAGGCCGUCAAUGGUACCAAUGGUAGAUCUACGCCCUUCAAUCCACGCACUCGCACUUCGACUAGGAUAGCUGCGCAUAGCAACCCGAAUCGCGCGAAAGGACAUGUGUCGCCUUCCCCUUCCGGAGCGAUGAGACGACGGCAGCCCCAGGCGGCUUUGUUUACACACGAAGGCUCUGAAGAUCAGGAGGAAAUGGACCUGGUUGAUGCUGACGCGGAUUCACACCAGGGCGUGCCAGAUCAACGCUCCGAAUGGCCGAACGUGAAAGCCGUAAGCAAAGCCCGAGCGACUGGGCGAAGGACGCGAAACCGGGCAGACCAUGAUGAAAACGCCAUUGGCUCACCUCUUUUGGGGCAAAACAACCCUACAACCGGGCGAAGGAAGCGAAAUAACGCUGACCAUGAUGGAAUUGACACCGAUCUGCCUCAUUCAGAGGAAUCUGGAUUGGAGAGUGAAGUAGAUGGGAUCGUGGGGAUGGAAAAAGACGAUGUGGUGCCUGGCCAGAUCAAUGGAAACAUCCAAGAUGAUCAAGAGCAGUCUGAUGGAGAAAUUGAAACAGCAGAAGUGUUGGAGGAAACUAGCCCUUUUCUAUCCAAUCGGAAUCAGGGACGGUCGAUUUUAUCGCCCCGAAAAAAGGUGCAGGCCGACUCCAACGGCGGACUCACCCUACUAAAGAGUAUAGUGGUGGAGAGGCUCACUGCGAAACGACCUACCCCUCUAGUUGGUUUAGAUGAUGAGUACAGGAAUGUCUAUCAACUGGUCGAGAACACCGUCGUAGCUGGAGAAGGAAACUCAAUGCUUGUGAUUGGCGCCCGAGGGAGCGGGAAGACAGCACUCGUUUCUAAGGUUCUUUCUGGAAUAUCCAAAGAGCAUCGCGAGGAAUUCCACACUGUUAGGCUGAAUGGAUUCAUUCACACUGAUGAUAAGUUGGCUCUCCGUGAGAUCUGGAGGCAAUUGGGGAAAGAGAUGGAACUUGAAGAGGACAGCUUAGGGAAGAAUUACGCCGACACCCUUUCAAAACUCUUGGCUCUGCUUUCGCAUCCUUCUGAGCAGACCGGAGAGGAGACGGAACAAGUGGCAAAAGCUGUUGUCUUUGUCAUGGAUGAGUUCGAUCUUUUCGCGUUGCAUCCGCGGCAAACAUUGCUAUACAACCUAUUCGACAUUGCUCAAUCUCGCAAAGCUCCAAUCGCGGUACUAGGUCUCACUACCAGGAUUGACGUCUCAGAAAGCCUUGAGAAGCGUGUAAAGAGUAGAUUCAGUCACCGCUAUGUGCAUUUGUCGCUCCCGAAAACGUUCACUGCAUUCCAAGAAACCUGCAAAGCGGCACUAUCACUCCAACUCGAAGACCUCAACAUCGAAGAGCGCGCAAUUCUCUCGAAAUCCACCGCCGUGACACCGAAGACAGCCAAGAAUUCCAAACCCGCCAAUAUUUUGGCGGCAUGGAACUCUAGCAUUUCGACUCUCUUUGCCACGAAAGCAUUCAUAACCUCCCACCUCGGCCCAAUCUACUACCGCAGUAAAUCCAUCAAAGAAGUCCUUACUUCCCUCCUCACUCCCACGGCCCUGCUCGCCCCAUCCACCUUCCCGCCUUCUCCUUCCGCCUUCUUCACCCCUAACCCCUCUAUUGCCUCUCCAACAAAUGCCCUCGCACCCCCGGAUUCCAAACUCGCGCUCCUCCCCAACCUUUCUCACGUCCAACUCGCUCUCCUCAUCGCCGCCGCCCGCCUCGACGUCGUUCUCGACACCGACACGUGCAAUUUCAACAUGGCGUACGCCGAGUACGUGUCUCUAGCCGCUAAAGUGCGCAUGCAGAGUGCAGCGGGCGGUGCGGUCGCGAGUGGUGGUGCGACAAGGGUGUGGGGAAAGGAGGUUGCGAUGCGGGAAUGGGAGAGGCUGGUAAGGUGGGAGCUUGUGGUGCCAGUUGUGGGACUGGGUGCCGGGGCUGGGGGGGCGGGUGCGAUGGUCAGGGUGGACAUGGCGCUAGAGGAGAUUAUACCGAGCGUUCAGGCUGCAGGUGGGCAGAUGGAUCGGGUGUUGGAGAAGUGGUGUCGGCAGAUUUGAGCAGGAGUAGAGAUGAUGAUGGGUGUUGAGUGGAAGUGUGUGUGUCUAUUCAUAGGAGCAGCUACGUGGGUGGAAUGAGUAGGGUAUCAGUGCAUAUAGGAGCGAAAUACCAUACUUCAGCCCUUACCCUAGCC